AAACUCUUGUUGCAGCACAUUUAAUGCGAAGUUGUUCGUGAAAUUAUUUAGCAAGCUAUAGCACGAGUCCUAGCAUUUGCUCAAAGCAACAAAAUUGUAAAGGAAAGGCUAUUAACUACUUUUAUUGACAUUGACUGAAUGGGGAUAACAUUUACCUGCACAAUUUGAGCGCAAGUUAUGUCGACGAACGACUCAAACGAGACGAGGGAUUUCGAGUUUCACAAACUAGAGUGGAGCACAACAUCGUUUAAAGUCUCAGACUUUCUACGGAAAUUCACACUACCGCAAGUUGUUAAAGUAAUCGAAGGCUAUUAUGGCGACGAUGAGGAUUCGAGUCUUGGCGCCGAUCAAAUACUCUCCCUGCAUUGUAUCAAAUCCACGGAUAAAGUAGUCGGGCGAGAUUAUCGCGGCAAAGAAGUGAAUAUCCCUUUGCAAUGCCAGAACAAAGUCGAAGUUCGGCCAUCUAACUUGAAAGAUGUUUAUGAAAGCGUCGAAGAGCUCAACUCAGCAUUUCCUCGUUUUGUGCGCAUAUCACAAGGAUAUUACAGCGCGACAACAGAUGAAGAAAUUCUGAACGUCGGCGAUAAAUUGCAAUUGAAAAGUUUCGAUAAGAAAGAAGAGAAAUUGAUCUGCGUCAACCAAAAUGGUCAGACUAUCGAAUUGCCGAAAGAUUGUGUGGCGGGCUUUCAACCUCUGACUGAUGGAAAGGAGUACUUUCUCGCCGAGAUCCCAACGCAGUUUCCGAUGCCCUUGUAUGUUCAGUUCGUCGAUCCGCCACUCGUGGGCAAACAGAAUCGUUCGGCCGAUUCGUUUUUCAACUCGUCGUUAGGCGCGAUCUAUCUGGAAAAUUCUUACACCGAAGACAUUAUUAUCGCGUCCACUAUCAGCCAAGAUGGACGCCGAACUGUGGUGACCUUUCCUCGUGAGAUCGACAUCAGAUUGGCCGUUUGCGAGGGAAUGUUGCAAAACACUGUGGCCUACGCGAAGAUUUGCCAGGCAUUGAACCGCGGGAUGGAUUUAAACCACCUGAUCCUCAUCGACACCGUAAGCGCUUUUCGACCAAGGAAUUCUGUACGUGAAUAUCCUUACAGAGAACUGAUCGAUCCAUCGAUGUUCGCAAAUGUCCCGGAGACGGGUUUGGAAACAUUUGAAGGCCUUCACACGUACUCGGAAGUUAAAAAGCCCGUAGAGAGCAAUCCCGUACCGACGGACAAAGAGCUCAAACCUGAUACGCAUGCUCCAGACGCAAGCGACGACAAAGCGGUUGGCACCAAUGGAGCGGUCGUGAGCGAAGGGCCUGAGGCGAGCAAGUCGCAUGACUACGAGAAUGAAGACUGGGUACAAGAGAAGGUGAGGUGCCAAUCAAAAGGGAGGAUGACACCCCCGAUGAAGCCACAGAGAUUGGUGAACAACAUCAAAAAAGAUGGUGAAGAAAUCAAGACCGACAGCAGCAGUCUUUCCUCUCAGAGCGACGAUAGCGAAAUUGCGAAAAUCGAGGUGUCCGGAGUGGACAGCGGUACUGCUUCAAAACGUGUCGACAUCUCGCAGCACUCUGUGAAACAAGUGUGCGAGAUUUUGAAAGAAUUGGGUAUGGACAGAUAUAUUGUUAAGUUUGAGUCAGAGAAGAUUGACGGUGAGAUGCUGAUGUGUCUGGACAAUGACAUUCUGAUGGCUGAUUUUGGAAUGAACAAGUUGCACUGCAUGAAACUGAAGAAAUAUCUGGAAGGAUGGAGACCCAGGGUUUAGUGAACAAUGGCAAAAUAGAUCAUGUUUUUGUCGCAGAGAAUAGAUUUAGGUGAAGUGAAAAUUAAUUUAUAGAAACAGUUGAACCCUUUGAGGGUACAUCAAAUAUUGAUUAUAGGACCUUAUCUCUGGCCAUAGCCAGGCCACAGCCAGGGUAGAGUUAACACAUAAUGAAUGCCCAGGUCAAAACUGUACUUUUUACACUAUGUAUGACCCUCGUCUGGGUGCUUAAGUGCGUUCAAAUUAUAAAAAACUAUGCUGAAGCCUGGCCUAUGCUGGGCACAGACUUUUGUGGUAUAUUAAACAUGUCUUCAAAGGCCACCUUCUCAAUGUGGCCAACUCUAUGAUAAAGUUAUAAAAGUCUCAUUACAUGAAUACCUAACUGAUUUAAUAAUACAAUGGAUUGAGCAACUAUUGUCGAAACCAAAAUUAAUGAAUUGGAA